AUGUUGAGCUCGUUUAGACCUUGGGUGUGUAACGUCAUGCAGCGAGUCAUUGUUAGCUCCAGCGCGGCUGGCCUGCAGGCUGCGUGCGUUUCGCUGCAACGUUCCCGAGCCCGUACGCAUGCAGCAGCUGUACACGUGAGGCCAGCGCUAAGUUGGGGCGCAACGCUAAGGCGGAGCUAUGCUGCCCCAUCCCACGUAGAGGAGGUCCCACAGCAGCAUCCCCAUCUCGAGGCUCGGUAUGCCAUCGAGCUGCCGCAUUACGAGCCCAGGGACAAUUCUGACAUUGAAGAAGUCUUUGGAAAUGUCCACUCGACGGAGUCCUUCAGCGCAGUUGACGGGCCUGGCGUCCGCUUUCUGGUAUUCGUACAAGGUUGCGCCAUGCGGUGUCUGUUCUGCUCAAACCCGGACACUUGGAACAUGAAGGGCGGCACUAGGACCUCCAGCAAGGAGCUGGCGGAACAAAUCAAAAAGGUCCGCAACUACCUCAAACCCCGGGGGGGUGUCACCAUAUCAGGGGGUGAGGCCAUGCUGCAACCCAAGUUCGUGGCUGCUGUGUUCCAGGAAGUACACGCUCUGGGCCUCAACACCACCAUCGACACCACGGGCCAGGGUACGAAACACGGCAACUGGGAUGUCGUACUGCCGCACACGGACCUGGUGCUGUUCUGCAUCAAGCACAUCGACCCGCUAAAGUACGAGUCGAUCACAGGUCUGAAGCAGAAGGGCGCCCUCCGCUUCGCUGACGAGCUGGCGGAUCGCAAGAUCCCCUUCUACCUUCGCUACGUGUACAUCCCGGGGUACACGGACGGGCCCAAGGACAUCGACAAACUGAUAGAGUGGUGCAAGAAACAACCCACGUUCCAAGGCAUCGAGUUGCUGCCGUACCACGUGCUGGGCCGCAAUAAGUGGGAGGUAAUGCACAUUCCGUACCCCCUGGACGGCGUUCGUACACCCUCCCAUGAGACCGUGAGCAAGGUCAUCAAGAACUUCAACGACAACGACAUUCCGGUAAUCUGCGCCAACUGA